UCUCUUAUUGCUUCAAAUAAAAAAUUGAAUCUGGUGAUGUUUGGAAUUUUUGAUCUUCUUACAAAGAACCUACAUAACUAUGUCAAACGAAUGGCUGUUGAUAUUGCAAGAGAUUCAACAGAAUCAGAGCAUACUACUUACCUAUUUCCAAAGUAUAUUGACACAUUCAUUCAUUCCAAAAGUACACAAUUUGCUGAGUUAUCGAGGGUAAGCUUUCAGCAGAAAAUUUUUACUUCAUUAAUAGAAAAAAAUGCAGAAAAAUUUGAUCUUGAAGGCAGUACUAAAUGGAUAAUUCGUAAGAACAGAGUUAUCCUAAAGAAAAUUGAUGGAGAUAUAUCUUCUUUUUAUAGCGAUUUAUUAAAGAUGAAAAAAACUUUAGAGAUAAAUCGGGUCAAGACUUUUAAGACCAUAAGAAAAGUGGUAUAUCUUCUAUCGGGAGUACUGGGAUCAAUCUGUAUUUCAGUUAAUCAUUUCCUAAAAGAUCGAGAUGAUAAGUCCAAUCAACGACAACUCAUCUUUGUUGUAGCCUUAGGAAUUAUUGGUUUUUUUGGAUAUGCGCACAUUUUUUUCUGGAACGAUGGCCUUACCAUAUGUUCCCUCAGAACCUUUAAUAUUAAAACGUCCAUAGCCAAUACUUAG